GAAUCUUGAAAUUCAUAUGGAUAGAACAAUAAAUCCAUAUUGUGCACUUUCUCUUUUUGCAAAUGCAUCACUCAAAAGCCUUGAACAUUCAAUUAAAUUACAUUUCGAUUAUAAUGAAACUUCCAAACUAAAAUUCAACCUAUCAAAUCAGAUCUUUGAAUCCAUUUUUUACAAAAGUAAUCGUGUUGUUGAUUUUGUUUUAUGUCUGUGUAAUAAUUCAAGUCCUUCAAUAGAAAGAAAAGAGAUACUUUUAAGAAACUAUCCUAGACUUAGAAUCAAUGUCUUGAAUAGUG